CCGGCCCCGCGGGCCGCCCCGCGCCGCCGAUGCUGUCGGUGCCGGUGCCGGUGGCGGGCGCGGGGGCGGCGCGGGGCGCGGGCUCCCAGCCCCGCCGGCGCACCAUGUGCAGCGGCGUCGGCUGCUUCUGGGCGCUGCUCUCCGCCGGCCUCCUGGCCGCCUGCGCCGCCGCCUUCCUCUCCCCGGCCUGGCUGCUGCCGCCCGGCCGAGCCGCCGCCGGCUUCGGGUUGCUCUGGCGCUGCGCCGGCCCGCCCCGGGGCUGCCACGGCUCCGCCGGCCCCGGCGGCUUCGGAGACAUCCCCUCCGGUUCCUGGCAGACGAGCGCCGUGCUGUGUGCGGGCGGCUGUGCCCUGCUGGCCCUCAGCUCCCUGCUGGCCAUCGUCGCUGUCCUGCUGCCCGGCGGAGCCUGCGAGCGGCGGGUCUGCACCCUGGCUGGAUACAUGCAGACAGCAGCAGUGUUCAUUAUGGCUUCUGGGCUUUUGGUUUACCCUUUUGGUUUCAACUCUGCUACUGUGAAGAGAUUCUGUGAGAACUCAGACAUCUACUAUGCAGGAGACUGCCAGAUUGGGUGGGGGUACAUGCUGGCAAUUGUUGGGGUCAUGCUGUCUGUCUUUUUACCAUUCUUUGCAAAAUAUGCACCAAAAGAGCACAUAUCUCCAACUCCAAUACCUACUAUUUUAUAGUAUUUUAUUACUGUUUUAAGAACAGAACAUUCCUGUCUACAGGUAAUGGGCAGAAAUUAUGAUAGCACUUCCAGUUAGCUGUGUUGCUAAAGAGAGGAAAGGAGAUGGGGAAGAGAAGGUCAGAUUCACAAAGACCAAAAGUGCAUUGAUAGUCUUCCGUAAGUAUGAGCAGAGAACACUCUGGAAUUGAAAUAAGAUUAAUCAGCAGCCUUUACACUGCUCUAAACAAAUAGUGGCAUAAUGCCUUAGACAAAAAAAAAAAUAAUCAGUUUAUCCUCAAAACAUCUGUCUACCUCCCAGUUUCUUUUGUGUCUCAAAAUCGUAAGUCUUAAAAGCUUCAAUUCACUUUUGAUGUAUUAUUAAACGUCAGAACUUUUAUGAACCCAGUAACUUUAAAAUCAAUUAUGAUAUUUUGUUACAAUUAUUUUGAUUAGUGAAAAAAAGCACCUGCUAGUAGCCACGGCCUAAAAUUAAGCUUGAUAGCUAAAAAGAAUUGUAUACAAGAAAAAAGUUUCUUUUUAGUCUAUAUAUGUAUUGUAAGUUGUGGGCACACACUUUUUACUAUUGUUCUAAUUGCCAAGAUUUAGAGUCCUCUGCAUGAAGUCUUGCAUAAAAUUUAGAUUUUUUUUUUUUUCUGAGAGAUCUACUUCCAAAGGCUUCAUGAUGAUUUAAUAGUUUUAACAACAGGGGUAAAAAAUGCUAAGAAUUCGGUUUUGGUGUUUCUUAAAUUAUAAUUUUAAGUGGAAUUUUACAAAAUUCAUUGAACUAUUACGACUUUAGAUUUUGGGGUGUACUGUUUGUCUUUUAAGGCUGAAAACAAAAAUCUCUGUUUACAAAACUGUCUGUGCCCGAUGGCCCUUACAUGUAGUGAUAAUACAAGCCAGAAUGAACUAGAUUCUAGUAUUUCCAUUACAAUUAAGAGUCCAUUGCUGUAAAAAGACAAAAGUGAAGUGAAAUGCUAUUGAACUCAACUAAUAAGAAUCUGAUGCUGUGUCAGAACUAGCAAAAGGCCAUAUUUCAUUAGUCUGUAUGGGAAUUUUGUGAGGUCUGAUUUCCACAAUAGCACUGAAUUCAUUACUAUCAAGCAUUGAAAUAAGUGCACUUGAUUGCCUUAAGCAAAAGAAACAUUGGGUUCUAAUCUCACCCACCUGUUGUGUUUUUCCUUUUAAAUAAAAAUAGAAUUCUAAUUCUAUUCUCAUCUUUUAUUUUCUAUUAUUUAUUAAAAAAGAAAAAUCACAUAGAUUAUAUUUAAUUCAGAGAUGUACUUCUCAGUUUUGUGUUUUGGCACAAACCAGGUGAUCAAAUUUAUUGUUCUUCACUUAACUGAGUCCAACUGAUUCCUGAAUUUUUAUUGUUUGUAACGGAAGGUGUACGUGAAGGGACAGACAGAGACGUGUUGAGGAUGUACAAGAAAAUGCAAACAGAUGGAACAAUCACUGUGUUAUCUUAAUAUACAUCAAAGACUUCUGCAGUCUUGUUUACAUUCCUCACCCUGCUAAACUUCAGUGGAAAGUUGUGCUGUUUUCCAAAAGAAUUGUCCUGUUGUUACAUUUCCAGGCACUCUAAGAGCAAAUUCUGCACACAAAUUUAUCAAGUUCCAUUACUAAUCUUUGAAAAUACAGAUUCCAACGUAGAAUGAAGUACACCGAGAAAGAGAGAGCACAUACUAUGCAUUUCUGCUCACAGGGACUAGGAAAUUAAACCUUCUAAAUAUUUAACAAAAUAGGUUGAAGGAAUGCCCUAAAGUAAGAAGAAUAAAUUUCAGUCACUUCUGUACAGUACUGUGCUUUUCAGUAAUGUCUUACACUUUUUUUAAUGAAUGGCUGAAACGGAUAAUUUUCAUACAAGAGUCAGAAAAGUGAGGAAUAACAAACAACAUGCAAAAAGAAAAUAAUCACCAUGAAGUAGA